GAAGGAUUUGAUGAUGACAGUUCUAGGAUUAUCAUCAGGCUGGCCUUGAAUAAAGGUGUGAUAACUCUGCCAGAAAUGUUUGUUCAAGUUAUUUCGAAAAAUGAAUAUUGGAAAGAAAACAAAGUAAUAAAUAAAGAAAAAUAUGAAAAAUACUCCAACAAAACAAACAAAAACUCAAAUGAAAAGGAGGAAAAAAAUUAUGUCUCUGAACAUAAUCGUAGUCAUUCACCAUGUUCACAUAAAAAUGAAGAUCAUUCAGCUUGCAAAAAGAAGAAGAGGCAUCAUGAUUCUUUGGAGAGACAUAAUGACAUGCUAAACAAUGGUAGUUACAGUUGGUUAGUACCUUUAAUAAGAGUGAGGUUCAUUGAUGAAACAUACAGGAAUGGAAAGUAUUACAAUACUAAGGUUGUAAUUGAAGAUGUUUUUUCAUCAACAUCUUGUUUAUGCAGAACAGAUGAUGGGAAGCUUUUAGAAGAUAUACAUCCUUCAAUGUUAGAAACAGUGAUUCCUCGAUCAGAGUCUGCUCAUGUGUUAGUUCUAAGUGGAAAAUAUAAAGGAAAGGUUGGGAAAGUUAUUAAACGAGAAAAGGCAAAGUGUUUAGCUAGAGUUCAGCUCACAAACCAGAAAAAAGUUCUUGAACUUCAUUAUGACACCAUCUCUGAAUACACAGGAGAUAUGUCACAGCAUGGUAUCUUCCACUACAAAAAAACAAAGACUCAGAUAGUUGAGGAAAUGAAACUGUGCUAUAUGGAGAGUCUGUAAACACUGGAUUAGAGACUACUGAAUUAUACUGGAAAGUAGUUAUCCCGGCUCUUGCCAGUCACGCCGCCAGAGAGGAUAUAGACGAUGAUGUCACCAGAGACGAUGGCGUCAUAGUUCCAGGUGUUUAUUCGAUGGUUCUUUGAUUUCUUUAUACUGGAGAAAACAGUAUAUGAAUUACAACCUAUGAAUCUUAUUUCACUACAUCGAUGAAAUGCUGGUUUACAUUUUUUCUGUCAAUAAUGAAAUAAAAUUUUAUACUUUGGUAAAACUUUUCA